CAACUACCUGAAUGGCGUGCUUGGCUCUGACUCGCAAGGCGCGCCUCCAAGGGCGAUGCUGUUCUGCGAUGCGGCUGUGCAGACGGACAGCAUGGCCUUGGGAGUCGGAGUGACGUCGGGUCAUUCGUACUUCUCGACCAACGCCGACGUGACUGAGCAUGCUGAGCACUCCAAGUUGACCGCCCAGGAGCUAUGGACUAUCCUUAAAUCGAGCCAGGAUAUCUCGAGUGUCAUGAAUCUGUCUUCUGCGCUGCAGCGGCUGACGGAAAUUGCGACUGACAUUUCGGGGUCUCAGAGCACCUGCGGUGAGUUUUUGUGCCUGAUUCAUAAGUAUGCUCAAGUCUUGUGUUUCAGUGGUGAUCGCUCGGGAAGUGGG